AACAAUGCACCCUCCGUUGUUGGUGUACGUUUCGUGUAAAAAGCGUACGAAAAUCAGACUCCUUCUUCGCUGCGUGGUGUAGCAUGUUUCUAGCUUCUCUCUGCAAAAAGCCCAUCUGUUGGUGCUACUUUUUCCAAAGGGCCAAGCAUAAUUAUUUGAAGACAUUCGGGGGUGAUUUCGGGGAUCGUCUGAAAAUGUGCAUUUGCAGUGGCGUGUUAUGUGCAGCGGCCGUCUUUCCCUUUCUCAGCGGCCUUGUAGUAACCAAAGUGUUAGUCUACGACCUGGUUUCGCAAAGCAGCAGUGCUGCUACAUGUUCUGCACAUGCUGACCGCCCGACCCGAAUGCAGUUUUACUUUCUGUACUGCGAGCUGUGUGUUUUUUCAUUCGCCCGUGUAUGUGUGUGUGUGUGUGUGUGUGCAAGUGAAUUAUGUUGCAAGAAGUGCCCGAGGCGAGGUUGCAUUAGCCAGCCAGAUAAUUAUCUUUCUAUCCAGUGUAGUGUGCCUGCCUUGUGCCAGAAGCUGCCCAUGCGGAAUUUGCACCAGCCGUUCGGUGUUCGUGUUUAGAGACGCCUGUAGAGAAUGAGUAACCCAAGCAAAUAAUGCAUUGGGAACCAGACGAACCGUUCUCCCAAUCGUGUGGCAAAAUGGCUCGCGCUCUGUGCGAACCCGGGAAACGAAAUUUCACUGCCACCGACCAGAAGCAACGUGCCGGACUGUUCCCCCAAACCAAGAUCAACCAUGCAAGAUGGUCUCAUUUCCCGCACGGGAGCCACUAUCUACAACGAUCCCUAUUCCGGCAAAGGGCCUGCCAGCUACGACCGUACGAUGGACGGUACGGGGCAAUACUCUCCAUCGAAAUCCUGCGCCCAUCUUACCCGACAACCCGCAUCGCCACAGCACCCGGCACUCAACGGCGAUUUUAAACUGUGCGGGUACGAGGGUACGAUGAACUCGUGUGGUCCGCUAGGCGACGAAUGUGUACCGAAUUCCGCCGGCAGCGCGUUGGCAGGGGCAGCCAGCAAGGUGGACAUCUUCGGUGUGUUCGAGUUUUGGUUAAGACUGCGAUACGAUCUGACGACAGUACCGUGGGAACAAUUGAAGUCGGUCCAGUUGAAGAAUCCGCGAGCAGCGCCGGGCUGUGCGUACAUUCCGACAAAGGUGGAACAUAUCGCCAACAUAAUCACGCACGGUACCUGGGUCCUACCGUCGAUGUAUGCCGGUCUGCAGCUGUACGAUCGUAGCCAUACGCCGGCCCAAACGCUGGCAGCCGUUAUCUAUGGGGCCGCCCUGUCGAUGCUGUUUUUCGUGUCCACCUGCUUCCACUGUGUCUGCUACUGCAAUCACAAUCGUCCGCUGAAGGAUGCGCUGCAUCGGUGCGAUCGUGCCAUGAUCUACAUCUUCAUCGCCGGUUCGUAUUACCCGUGGCUUAGCCUGGGCCACACGACCCAUCCACAGAUUGUGUCCGUGGUCAAGUGGAGCGUUUGGGUGAUGGCAGUGCUGGGCAUUGUCUAUCAGCAGAUGUACCACGAACGAUACAAGUGCUUGGAAACGUUCUUUUACGUCGUGAUCGGACUCGGCCCGUCGGUGGUGAUCGUGCUCUGGGGUCACGAGUUUACCGGCAUGCCCGAGCUCAAGUUUGGCGGCAUACUGUACAUUAUCGGUAUCGUGUUCUUCAAGUCGGACGGGCUUUUCCCGUUCGCUCACGCCAUCUGGCACCUGUUUGUGGUGUUUGCUGCGUCUGUGCAUUACUUUGCCAUCAUGACACACCUGUUCCCGGACACGGCCGGGAUCGAUUCUUCGGUGGCUGGAGCGGUGACUGGAUAAGCGGGUGGAAGGUGAUAGAUACAUUUAUCUUCUUUUUUGGUUAUCAUUCAGUCUUGCGUGCAAAACGGGUAGACAAUUAGCUAAGUUUUUUUCUCUCUCCCUUUCGUCUAAUCCUGUGUUCAUUGAUGGUAAAUGGAGUUGGUUCGUGGUUUGUAUAGUGUAACGUAGUAAAGGCAAUGUGUUGAGGCGUGUAGGAAAAGUAUUCCUAUAAACGAAAGCAUGUAUACAAAGAAAGGGGGCGCGAUGGAAAGUUUCCUAGAAACGAAUAGUAUAUAUUUUUAACCAGUGGAAUGGAAUGGUAACAUGCGCCCCAACAAGUUUCAAGCGCCUGCUCAAUUUAGUUCGUUACCUUUGCCGAUGCCUAUCCUCCGUUCUAAAGGGUUACUCAAUACUCAACAAUGAUGCUAUGCGUUCGAAAAAUCCCUUUUCUCGAAACGUUUUUCUUAAGUUAACAGAUGCUCGAGACCGACAACGCGGACAGCCGUUUAGGGAAGAGGGGUAGCAUGAUUUUGGUCAUAUUGUGAUACGUAGCAUGUGUAAGGAAUGGUUAUGUUUAGUUCAUUUAAAUUUUAUUAUAGUUAGUUUCGCUUUUUUGCUUACACUUCCAUGGAUGAAAAUGUGUACGCGUGUAGAAACAAUCAUGGAAUUGAACAACUAGUAUGCAAAUACUUCAUCACCCAAGCAAAUGGUAGGGAAAAUGGUAAUUAAAGUACCGCAAGAGGCAGGCAAGCGGAUAGCGGUUAGUGAUACCACGAGCAAAACGGAGCUCUCUAUCAAGUGGAUAUUAUUGACUAGAGAACACAGGUCCUAUACCGGUUGUGGUUCUGGUAUCGGGUUAAAGUUAGAAGUCUGAAUAUCGUAAGUAAAACAGGUAAAGAAGGUAGGGAAAAACUAAAUCCACCAACAGAGGCAGAAAGCUCGUCGUAGCCAAAAGAACUCACCGUAGUAGCCGCUAAAGAUGCUCGACUUUAUCACAACCAAUCGAAUAAUGUCUCUCUUCAACUUUACUCACCCAAAAACCCCACGUUAAUACUCGAAAACCCACCUUUUUACAGUAGACUUUAAUAGCAUUGUUUGAACGAAUUGAACACUCAACACGGUCAACACCCAGUUUGGCUCACCUUUCCUUGCCCAAUAGUGGGCCCGGAAAUGCAACAGUAAAGUAUUUAAACGUUAACGAAUGUGACCAAAGUAUUCCAGGAGAAGAGAAGUAAUUGUACAAAAAUUUAAAACAAAGCUCCAUUUCGGAAUCACUUUCACCAUUUAACCGGAACCACCGGAAACAACGUUUGACAAAGACUAGAAUGAGAGGAAGGGAAUUUCCGCACAGAAAAAGCCAAAUAAUGCUCGAAACAGAUAGUUGUAAUAGUCUAAUUGUUUGCGGCACUUCUUCCCAAUAACCCCGUGUUACAAUACAAUAAACCAAUGCAAGUAGCUCAGUAGAA